AUGUCUCCACAGCGGCAGCACGAGCAGCAGCCGCAGCUGGCGCCCCCUGCAGACAGAGGGGGGCGGGCGGGGGCGGAGGGGGAGGUGCGGCGGCUGACGGCGCAGGUGCGGGACCUCGAGAGGCGCCUGCACGCGCUCACAGGCAGCCUGGAGUGGCUGUCCAGCGGCUCCCCGCGGCCUCUCAGCCUGCUGGCCCCCGGCAACACGACGGCCGCCACUGUGGCGCCGCUGCACGUGCCGCUGACUGCCGAGCAGUGCGUGGAGCAGGCGCGCCGCCACGUGUCGCAGGCCGAGCUGCUGGACAGGGGGCGCCCGCUGGCCAGCGAGUUCGAGAUGGUGGCCUUCUCGCACUUCACGCUGAGCCGCGUCUACCCCGUCGAGCUGGCGCUCGGAAAGCGCGUCGUCGAGAAGCCCAUCGGCUUCCGCAAGCUGGACCUCCUGGAGGCUCUUAUGCAGGCCCUGGAGACUCUGAACAGCAGCAGCGGCGGCGGCGGCGGCGGUGGGGAGCGCUUCUCGCUGUCGGACUUCAGCGAGGGCGUGUACCGCACCGAGCCCACGACGGGCACGCAGUACGAGCUGGUGUUCCGCGGCCCCGGUGGCGGGGGCGGGAGGCGCGUGACGCUGGCGCGGCCGCUGCUGGCGCCGCUGGUGGUGGGGGUGGAGCGGCUGGCGGCCCCCCGGGGGCGGCCCACGGUGCACGUGCUGCUGCCGCUGGCCCCCGGGCCCGCCGCGCACUUCCGCGCCUUCAUGGACAAGUUCGUGCGCAUCGCGCUCAAGAACGACCGCAGGGUGCAGCUGACGGUGGUGUUCUUCGGCGAGGAGGGUCUGGCCGACGCGCGGUCGGCCAUGUCGCGUGCGCUGUCGCUCUCACCCCGCGGCGGGCCGCCCGACCAGCUGCGGCUGCUGGCACUCAACGAGUCCUUCUCCAGGAGCCGCGGGCUGCGCGUCGCCGCCGACAGGGCCGCCGCCGCGCCCGGGGACGCGCUGCUCUUCCUCUGCGACGUCCACCUCGUCUUCAGCGCCAGGUUCCUCGACCGCUGCCGCUGGAACGCCCAGCCGGGCAAGAAGGUGUACUACCCGAUCGUGUUCAGCUUGUACAACCCGCACGUGGUGUACACCCUGCAGGGCCGGCCGCUGCCCCCGGAGGCGGAGCAGCUCGUCAUCUCCAGAGACACCGGCUUCUGGCAGGACGCAGACUUCGCCACCUCCUGCCAGUACAGGUCUGACUUCCUGAAGGCGUCCACCCCGGCGGAGGACCCACCCGGCUGGGGUGGGGAGGGCGUGUCGCUGUACCGGCGCCACGUGCGAUCGCCCGUCAAGGUGGUGCGCGCCACGGACCCCGGCAUCUUCCGCCUAUGGCACCCCAAGGAGUGCAGUCGGCGGCUGCCCGCGGAACAGCUGCGAGCCUGCCUGAGGAUGCGCGCCCUCACCGAAGCGUCGCACGCGCAGCUGGGGCUGCUCGCCUUCCGCGACGAGGCGCGCCACGCCUGACGAUGGACUACGUUUAGUGGACGAAACGUCGUCUACCUAAGAACGGGUCAUCUCACUGAAGCGUUGUGUAUCCAGCUGGGGCCACUCGUGCUCCAAACCUAAUGGUGGACUACCCCUACUACUACGUCAAAACCCUCUUCCUGUGGAAGUGCGCCCUCGCCGAAACAGAACGUUCGCAGCUCCGGCUGCUUGCCUUCCUCGACUUCAGCAAUGCUUGACGAUGUAGUACGUCCCGCGGCCGAAACUUCACCUGCCUGAAGUCGGGCGACCUUACAGAAACGACACAUGCACAACUGGCCAAAUGAUGCCUCCCCUGACGAUGAAGUCCGGUUUGCAGUAUAAAAGUUGCCUGUUUCUGUAUGUGUACUCUAAACAAAACGUCUUAUAUAGCUGGCAGUGCUGUAAGUUGUGCUACAGCUGACGUUCGACUCACAUUUCACGGCCGAAAAGUCUCCUGCCUUGGGGCGAAUGCCCUCAGCAAAACAUCACAAGUGCCGCUGAAGCAGCUCCAAUUAUACCAUGGGAUGUGCCAAAACGUCGGCUGGCGGAUGAUGCUCACCCACACACACGUUUCACGUUGUGCUUUAAAGUGAGAUCCGUCGCAUGGUCAAAACGUCUCCAUAGAAUGGCAGUGGUACAGCCACAGAGCUUCAGACCUGCGAAUCAAUGGUACUAAGUAGACUGACAGUGGCUCACCUCACA